CUCGUGAGCCCCACCGGCCUUUCUGCUCGCGCCGCCGGAGAAAACAAACUGCGUGGACGCACUCUCAAAGCAUGCGACUUCAAGCACUCUCCGAGCAUUUAGAUUUGCUUUCUUUGCUAUCGGAAUACAUUUAUCGGGAACAAGGUUGGUGAGUGAUUCUGAACAGAAUGACAAAGAUGCCUCCUCACAGGCGUGGGAUCACAUUCGAGGUGGGAGCGCAGCUGGAGGCUCGGGACAGUCUGAAGAACUGGUAUGCAGCUAGUAUUGAGAAGAUAGACUAUGAAGACGAGAAGGUUCUUAUCCACUACAGGCAGUGGAGUCACCGUUACGAUGAGUGGUUUAACUGGAGCAGCCCGUACCUCAGACCAGUGGAACGAAUCCAGCUGAGAAAACGAGGUCUCCCUGAAUGGCAGUCGGCUCCAGGCUUUUAUGUCAACCAGAAAGUUCUAGCCAGCUGGUCAGACUGUCGGUACUACCCUGCUAAGAUCCUGUCCCAUGACAAAGAUGGGUUCUACACAGUGAAGUUUUUUGAUGGGGUUGUGAAGACUGUCAAGGGGAUUAAAGUGAAGCCUUUCCACAAGGAGAGCUCUGAUGGCAAGAACAAUCAGCGGGCACGGAAACGUGGUGACCAGAACGGGAAAGAAUGGAAGCCCAAGGAGAACGGCAAUAGAAGGAGUAACGGUUCAAGACACAGCACCUCUGACCAAGAUGGAGAAAGCGAAUCAGAGGGGGAUGAAGAGGACAGCAUGGUGAUUUAUGAUUCCAGAAAACUCCAGAAUGGCAUAGUGAGUGAAAGCACAGCAAAUGAGAAAGUGAUGGAAUCAGGGCCAGAUUCUGCUGAGCAAAAAGAAAAACUGCCCAGCGAAGAACUCAAGACAGAACAGUUUGUGAAUGAAAAAGGCGAGAAUAAACCUGAGAAAAAAGAUAAUAAAACAGAGAAAAAAGAUAUGAAUGGAGGACAAGAGGAAGAGAAACCCAAAGCACUUCAAAAUGAUGUUGACAAAAACGAGGGGGCAAAGAAAGAGGAGCAAGCAUCAGAUGACAGUCCCAGUCCGCCCAGAAGGACACGGAGUAGAAUGGCAGAUGAGAAAGACGUGGAUCGGCCCAAUGGUCCAGAGCUGAGGAAAAGACGAGCAUCAACCGGACAGACGCCACCUUCCAAAAGGAGCAGAGCCAAUUCAAGCACAGAUAGAAAUAGUCGAUCCCAGAUCAAACCAGCUAAGUCCGACUCUGUCCCAGAGACCUUCGAAAAUAAGGAUGGCCCAACUUGUCCUUCAGAAUACGCAGCCCCCACAGAAGAGACAGAGUCCACGCCUGAGCUUGCUACAGCGCUCAAACAACAAGUUCACCUUCCCACAUCAAAUAAGUACAGCAGAGAGCCCUUGUACAGGGUCAUCAAAAACCAACCGCCCCCUAUCCUGUCCAUUGAGCUGGACCAUAACCCCUUCAAGUGCAAGAUCACAGACUGCCUCAAGUCUUUUCGCAAGGCAUCUCUGCUACACUACCACAUGAAGUACUACCACGCACAAAGCGACCCGUGUCCCCCUUGCUGUGUACAUACGCGCUCUUCAGACAAACAGAAUCACAGCCAGGAGGCACCCCGCAGGCGCCGGACGGUCUCUGCUUCUCAACAUACGCUGUCCCCUCUCAGUGACAGUAAGCCAGGCCACACUCUGUCUCCCCCUGCUGCUGGCAGCAUGCACCGGCAGCACUCGAACACACUGGGCACCGAAAGGAGCAAAGAGAACCAACACAUCAACCGCUCGUUGCAUGACGACAGAGACUGGGUUGCCAAGGAAACAGGGAUUAAAGAACGAGAGAGUCUGAGAGAGAAGCGUCAGAGGGAUUUCUUCCGCAUUAAACUGAAGAAAAAGAAGAUAAAGAAGUCGAAGUCAGAAUAUUACAGCACUGAGGAGAGCAUUGGCUUAAAGUCUGUCCCCUGCAAUAUGAAUUUGGCCUUCAAAUUGCCCCUCUCCCUCACACACCGCUCCUACAUGGGACACUGCCCCAAAAUGAUGCUCAGCCAGGGUGAAGACAGCAUCAGUGAUUUGUCUUCAGACAGUCCUAUAUGGAGUGAGGACGAGUCUGACCCUGAGCUGGAUCUGAACAUGCCCCUCUCAGAGCAGAGUGUAGAUAAGGUCACUCACAGCUCCGAGAUCAUCCGCUGUAUUUGUGAAGUUCAGGAGGAGAAUGACUUCAUGAUACAGUGUGAUGAGUGUCUGUGCUGGCAGCAUGGGACCUGUAUGGGUCUGUAUGAGGACAGUGUGCCAGACACCUACAGCUGCUACAUCUGCAGAGACCCACCAGCCCAGAGGCAGAGUCAGAGGUACUGGUAUGAUAAAGACUGGUUAAGUAGCGGUCAUAUGUACGGCUUGUCUUUCCUGGAGGAGAAUUACUCUCAUCAGAACAGUAAGAAAGUGACUGCUGCUCAUCAGCUGCUGGGAGACGUGCAGCGGGUGUUUGAGGUGCUCAAUGGCCUCCAGCUCAAGAUGAACAUCCUACAAACACAGGCUCAUCCAGACCUGAAGCUUUGGCAGCAGCCCUGGAAACAUACAGACGGCCUGCGAAGGAAGACAGCUGGUGACUCUGGCAUAGCUACUCCCUUCCCCUCCUCACCUCUUGAAUUUGGAGUUAAUGAGUUUGAGACGUUGAAGAGUGAAGUUCCGUCGCCCAUAGCGAUGCACUGCUCUUUCCAGGACUCAUAUAUUAGCAGUGAGCACUGCUACCAGAAGCCCCGUACAUACUACCCAGCUGUGGAGAGAAGACUUGUGGUGGAGACGCGGGGUGGUUCAGAGCUGGAGGACAGCCUGAGGAGCACAGAGGACCUCCUAGAGAUGGCUGACCAGAGGUACGGCAUGCUGCUGGACCACGAACAGCACAAACUGCUGGCCGACUGCACCUUUAGUAAGGAACUGGAGAGUCGAAUGAAGCAACUGGUGUCCACUGAGCAGGAGAAGUGCUGUGUGGUCAACAUUAAGGAAGAGGAGCCUAACCCUGUGACCCCCGACCCCAAGCCAGACCCUGACCUUCUGCUGCACCAGCAGUGGCAGCUGAACCUGCUGGAGCAUAUUGAGGCGGUGCAGGACGAGGUGACGCACAGAAUGGACCAUAUUGAGCGAGAACUGGACGUGUUGGAGAGUUGGCUUGACUACACAGGUGAGCUGGAACCUCCAGAUCCGCUGGCCCGUCUCCCUCAGCUGAAACAUCGCAUCAGACAACUCCUGACUGACCUGGGAACAGUCCAGCAGAUCGCAAUCUGCUCCUCAUCCUCUUGAGGGUGCCAGAGAACAUAAAGACUGACACAAGUUUCAGACUGAGCUGAAUGCACACAGAACUGUUGAUGGUGAAGUUAACUUACAUAACAUUAAGCUCAUGUUUCAUUUCUGAGCUCUGAAAGUCUCAUAGGAAAUUGCAGAAAUAGUUAACAGUCUGUUUUUGAUAGGAAACAUCUUGCCAAGCCAUCCAAGUUAACGUGAAUAUGAUACUGUAGUUUUUAUGACGUAAGAUAAGGCUAACAAUAUCUGAUGCAAGCAACCAUUUGUUGUAUUUGUGGAAUAUAACGCUUCAUUGUAGCACUUAGCUAUGUCUGUCAUAAUUUUUUUUUUUAAUUAUUAUUAUUAUUGCUUUUUGACUAUUACUAAAUACUACUUUUUUCAUGUUUAUUCAUAAGCAAUCUUUUUUUGACUGUUUUGUUCAUCUUUGCUCUGGAUAAAGAGAGCUUUAGGACCCGAAUGAGAUUUUGUUGUAGUUAAUGAAAAUAAUGAAAACAGUAAUGACAAUAUGAAAAUAUAUUUUAUCCUGAAAGUAUGUGGAUUUUCUUUCUAUAUUUGUACUAUAGUCAUGUAAUCGUGUAAAUAACGCAACCAACUGCUUAAAUUCAUGUUCUAGUUAUUUAAUACAUGAUCAAAACAUUUAAGAAAUGAGAAUUUAAGAAUCUUUGAUCUGAUGCGUAUACAUUAGUACUGGACUUUCUGCCUUUAACAAUUUAAUUUUGACAAAUGAUGUUGCUUGUAUUUCAAAUCAGUGUGCGGAGUCCACUGGUGUUAAACAGGUACAGAACGUUGUUUCCACUUGCAUACUUAAUAUUUGUAUGUAUAUAUUAUCUUCUUUGUUUUGUUCCUAAAGCAGGUUUUUCUAUUUCUCUGUUCAUUAGUAUUUGUUGGUUUUUCCUGUUGCUUUCAAGUCUACAAGAUUUUUUUUUACGUCAUUGGAUGCCUUAAAGUUAUUGUAAUUGUGUAUUUAAGUUAUUGAUUCUGCUGUCUUUUUACCUCUGUCGUCUUUUUUUAAACUGCGUAUGUCUGUGGUGUGAAAGAGUGUGUGUGGUCAGAUAAAGAAAGAAAGGCUUUCUCACCCUUUGGUGUUAUGAUUUUUGUAUUUUAUUUUUUUGGAUAUUUUUAUAUAAGGUGUCUCUAACUAGGUACUUGGAUAUAAAAAUCAAACAUAGGAUACAAUGUACUUAUUGUGUGCAUUCAUGUUGUUCUGCGAAACUCUUUUUCUGCUACUGCACAGCGAGGUAGGUUAAGGGGUCAACAGUGAAGUACAUACAGGUACUUUAAAUGCAAGGACAAUGUAACCAAAUCUAUGUGCACAAUAAUGCAUUGUAUUAAAUAGAUUUUUUUUAUAAAUGUAAGUGCAAAAUAUUUAAAGACACCUAAUAUAACUUAUUAUUAUUUUCAGACUAUUAGUGAUAAAAAAAAAUAAAUAAAAAAAAACACUGUUCUUGAUAUCAUCCUGUUUUGAGGCCGGUAUGUGCACCAUUUACCUACUAAGAAUGCAAACUACAUAUGUUAUAAAUCUGUGGAUUCAAAGUCAUACUGAAGGGUAUUUGAAGGGUUCGAUUUUUGUUGUUUAUACAGUAUCUUUCACUGUAUGAUUUGUACAAGGGAUUGACAGCCUAAUGACUGUUUCUCAAUAUUGUGUAUUAUAUUUUGUACAUCUGCCCUGUUGCUUUCCCUUUACUGGAAAUCCAGUGAUCAGACAAGGAGUAUUAUGGUCUUUUUUGUUUUCUUUUUACAUUGGGGGUUCCCUGGAAAACUAUAAAAAAAUGACCCUAACCCUGACAUUCUGAAAUUCUUGAUUCAUAAUCCAAGUGCAAGAAAAUAAAUGCUAACAUUUAAA